CCAAUAUAGCAUAAAAUAUUUAUAUUUUCUGGAUACACUAAUAUAUUUACUUGUAACAGUUUAAUUUGUUUUGCCCAGUGCAAUAGUAAAAAAAAAAAAAUGUUUUACAGACUUUACACAUGAAGGAGGAAGAGAACAAACGUCUGAAUCAACGACUGAUGUCUCAGAGCAUGUCUUCAGUAUCUUCAAGACAUUCUGAAAAAAUUGCCAUUAGAGAUUUUCAGGUUGGAGAUUUGGUUCUUAUUAUCUUGGAUGAACGGCAUGAUAAUUAUGUCCUUUUCACUGUUGGCCCAACCUUAUACUUUCUGCACUCAGAGUCUCUUGCAGCAUUGGAUCUCAAACCAGCAUCAGGUGCCCCACGAAGACCUUGGGUUCUUGGAAAAGUUAUGGAAAAGGAAUAUUGUCAGGCAAAGAAGGCUCAAAACCGAUUUAAAGUUCCGUUGGGCACAAAGUUCUACAGAGUGAAAGCUGUACCCUGGAACAAGAAAGUUUAACUUCAGGACAAAUAGAACUAUCAGAUCAUUGAUUGCUUUGUCAUUUUCUCUUUACUUAUCUCAUUCUACUCAUAAUGUACCCUCCAUAGUUCACAGCGACGGGCAGUGUAAACAUGAUCAUUUCUUGGGUGCCCUUUUCCAGUGAGGUAACUUUCAAGUUCAUGAUUGAAAAUUUGACUUGCAUUUUUGUCUGUUUUUUACUCAAACUGACUUAGAAAUAUGGACCAAUUUUUUUUUUUUUUUUAAAGGGCAUGCCAUGUAUAUAGUGGCUAAUAGCCAGAUUAUUUGUCUGUAAAAUUAACAAAUAUUUGAAUGUUACAUAUUCGUUACUAUAUUUACCAGCAUUUGUCCUUUUGUCAAAAAAUAUCAUUAUCAGCAUACUUUCUCUGUAAUAUUCUGAAAGUAAAGUUUUAUGAAGGAAUGUUCAUGGCAUGCAUAUUAAUAUUAUUUUUCUUUAGUUUGCUAUUCUAAAUGGAAGUUAUAGUUGGUAUUGUAGAUAAAUACUCUAUGUUGUUCACAAAAGCCCAGUGUAAAGGUCCUCUGUUACAGAACUGUACAUUUUGACAGACUGAAGAAUCAGUCAUCAUUGCAAUAUUUUAAAUGCACUUUUAGCAAAGAAAAAUGCUGUCAUGGAUUCAGAAAGGGAAGACACUGUCCUGUUUACAAUAUAGUACAGUACAAAAGCUUCCCAGUGUCAUAAAACAUGCAUAUGUAGAAAGGACUGUUUCAUAUUGGUGAUCUUGUGUCUUAUUAUUGGGUUAAAAUUGUACAAUAACCAUAAAAAGUAAUAUAAGUAACAAUAAAUUACUGUAUUGUAAAGGAAUUUAGAAUUUUGAAACAAUAAAGGUUUGAACCCAAAUUGUGA